AUGUGCCCUCUGUCUCGGGCACCCGGUCCUCGGACCCGGAGCCAAAGCCCGUGCGGGACAGCGCCGCUGCUGCUGCCCCAGCUGCCGCUCUUGCUGUUGCUGCUGCUCCCGGCGGCCUGCGCAGCCCAAGGUGUUAUCGCGGGGAGCCCCUUGGCAGUCUCUGAACCACCAACAAGAACAAGGGACCAUCCUGGUCGGUACAAGAUCGUCAGCCCCUCCCUUCUGAAUGGAGAACCAUGGAGUCCACUCAGUAGUAACCCACCUAAGGAUCACCCAGUGCGACUGAGUUUUCGAAUCGAAGUGGACGCUGAGGAGCUGAUCAUACGCCUGGAGAGAAAUGAAGGCCUCUUGGCUGACAACUUCACAACAACCCAUUACCGGGGAGAUGGCACCGAUGUUUCCCUUGAACAAAAUUACACGGGUCAUUGUUACUACCAUGGACAUGUGCAAGGACAUCCUGAUUCGAUGGUCAGUCUCAGCACUUGCUCUGGACUCAGGGGAUUUAUUCUGUUAGGAAGCCAAGCCUACAUCUUAGAGCCAUUGAAGGAUACUGCAGGUCAACACAAGUUCCAGCCAGCAGAGACUCUGCAGACAGCUUGGGGGGCAUGUGGACAGCAGCAUCUCAACAUCUCAGGCAGGACCAUGGAUGGAGUGCAGCGGCCCUCUCACACGUUUACAAGAAGGUGCAAACGGGAGACGCUGAAGACCACAAAGUACGUGGAGCUCGUGAUCGUGGCAGACAACCGUGAGUUUCAGAGACAAGGGAAAGAUGUGGAGAAAGUUAAGCAGCGCUUAAUCGAGAUUGCCAAUCAUGUGGAUAAGUUUUACAGACCGCUGAACAUUCGAAUAGUAUUGGUUGGAGUCGAAGUCUGGAAUGAUAUUGAUAAGUGCUCCAUCAGCCAGGACCCGUUUACAAGUCUUCAUGAAUUUCUGGACUGGAGAAAGAUGAAGUUGCUACCUCGUAAACCCCAUGACAAUGCACAGCUUGUGAGUGGCGUUUACUUCCAAGGAACCACCAUUGGAAUGGCGCCCAUCAUGAGCAUGUGCACAGCUGAGCAAUCCGGGGGCGUAGUCAUGGAUCACUCCGACAGCCCUCUUGGUGCAGCCGUCACCCUGGCCCACGAGCUCGGUCACAACUUGGGCAUGAAUCAUGAUACCCUGGAGCGGGGAUGUCACUGUCAAGCAAUGACUGAUAAAGGAGGCUGCAUCAUGAACCCGUCCACUGGUUAUCCAUUCCCCGUGAUGUUCAGCAGCUGCAGCAAAAGAGACCUGGAGACUAGCCUGGAGAAAGGGAUGGGCAUGUGCCUCUUUAACCUUCCCGACAUCCAAGAGUCCUUUGGGGGCCAGAAGUGUGGCAACGGCUACGUGGAGGAAGGCGAGGAGUGUGACUGUGGGGAACCAGACGAAUGUACCAAUCCAUGCUGCAACGCAACCACCUGCACUUUGAAGCCUGAGGCUGUGUGUGCCCAUGGACUUUGCUGUGAGAACUGCCAGCUGAAGCCCGCCGGGACGGCCUGCAGAGCCUCCAGCAACUCUUGCGACCUGCCUGAAUUCUGCACUGGCACCAACCCACACUGCCCAGCCAAUGUGUAUCUGCAUGACGGUCACCAGUGCCACCGUGUGGAUGGCUACUGUUACAAUGGCAUCUGCCAGACGCACGAGCAGCAAUGCAUCACCCUCUGGGGACCAGGCGCUAAACCUGCCCCGGGGAUCUGCUUUGAGAGAGUCAACUCUGCUGGCGAUCCCUAUGGAAACUGUGGCAAAGACUCCAAAAGCUCCUUUGCGAAAUGUGAGAUGCGAGAUGCUAAAUGCGGGAAAAUUCAGUGCCAAGGAGGAGCUAGUCGACCAAUCAUUGGUACCAAUGCCGUUUCCAUAGAAACCAACAUCCCCCUGCAGGAAGGAGGCAAGAUCCUGUGCCGUGGUACCCACGUGUACCUGGGAGAUGACCUGCCGGACCCUGGGCUCGUGCUGGCUGGCACGAAAUGUGAAGAUGGCAAACUCUGCCUCAAUCGCAGAUGUCAGAAUAUCAGCGUAUUUGGGGUCCACGAAUGUGCCACAAAGUGCCACGGGCGUGGAGUUUGCAACAGUAACAAGAAUUGUCACUGUGAGGCUGACUGGGCCCCACCAUUUUGUGACAAACCGGGCUUUGGCGGGAGCAUCGACAGUGGACCCAUCCGGCAAGCAGAUAAGCGAGGUCUGACUGUGGGCAUCCUGGUGACGCUUCUCUGCCUUCUGGCUGCUGGCUCUGUCACGUAUCUCAAGAGGAAAACCUUGAUCGGGCUGCUGUUUACUAACAAAAAGACCAAGACAACGAUUGAGAAACUAAGGUGUGUGAGUCCUGCUCGGCCAUCCGGCGUCAUGGAGCCCAAUCGCACCCGAACCACGAACCUCAGCCACAGUCUGCUCAGAAAGCCCCCCCACACCAAUACGCCAAGGGAAAAUUGCAGAAGAUUACCAAAGUAUCAGAAUGUCGACAUCAGCCACCCAGUCAAGACCCUUGACUCUUCACCUCCUUGCCUCCUGCUGCCUCUUCAUCAGGGACCAAGUCAUCAGAAUGUGCCUGUGAGACCCCUCCCAGCCAACCCUCCAAUCAGACAGGCCCAGGGAAUGCAUAAGCCAAGCCCUCCCCAGAAGCCUUUACCUGCAGACCCUCUGAGCAAAACCUCCCGGCUUAAUGAAGCCACCAAGAGAAUGCCUGGGCAGCAGGAACCUGGUCAUCGCAUCAUACCCAUGAGGUUGGUAUGCCCCUCUAACUGA